GCCAUUUUCGGUGAAUGAGCUGGAACUUGUGAUUUUCUGAGCAAAUAGAAAGCCAAAUUUCACCACGUAACAUUCAUAAAUAAUCUGUAAUACUUGCACGAUGGUGCUGUUAGCAGCAGCAGUGUGUAACAAGGCUGGAAAAGCCAUUGUUUCGAGACAGUUUGUAGACAUGACACGCUCUAGGAUCGAAGGACUUCUUGCAGCGUUUCCAAAACUGAUGAGCUCUGGCAAGCAGCACACUUUUGUUGAGACAGAGAGUGUGCGCUACGUCUAUCAGCCACUUGAGAAGUUAUACAUGCUGCUGAUUACAACUAAAGCCAGUAAUAUCCUGGAGGACUUGGAAACACUUCGCUUGUUUGCCAGAGUGAUUCCUGAAUACUGCCGCAGCAUGGAAGAAAGUGAGAUCGUUGAUAAUGCCUUUCCCCUCAUCUUCGCAUUUGAUGAAAUUGUUGCCCUUGGUUACCGUGAAAACGUCAACUUGGCACAGAUUCGAACAUUCACAGAAAUGGAUUCUCAUGAGGAGAAGGUGUUCCAGGCUAUCAGACAGACCCAAGAGCGUGAAGCCAAAGAGAACAUGCGAAGAAAGGCAAAGGAACUGACACAGGCUCGCAAAGAAGCAAAUCGACGUGGCGGCAAGCCAACAUCAGGCGGCUAUGGUGGUUUCGGUGGUGGUUCCUCGAGUCGUGACUACGGUGGUUCAGUUGAAUCGGCUAUAAUGGAGCCGGUCUCCAAGCCUUCCUACACCACCCCAAGUAAACCAUCUGGACCAAGCAAAGCCAUGAAGUUAGGCAGCAAGACCAAGGAUGUGGACAGUUUCAUUGAUACAUUGAAGUCGGAGGGAGAACAUGUGACCAACCCAAGCGCACCCUCGCAACCUUCCGCCAUCACCAAAUCUGCCACGCCUGCUGUCAACCAAGAGAGCAUCCACCUGCGCAUGGAGGAGAAGAUCACAUUGAUUGCAGGUCGUGAUGGCGGCUUACAGAAUCUAGAGAUCAAUGGGCUGGUGACGCUGCGGAUUACUGAUGAGGCGGUUGCUCGGGUCAGGGUGGCCGUCAACAAUAGAGACACAAAAGGAAUGCUGCUGCAGACACAUCCAAACGUAGAUAAAAACUUAUUCAAGGAAGGUUUUAUUGGUUUGAAAAACCCGGCCAAACCAUUCCCACUGAAUCAAGACGUGGGCGUAUUGAAGUGGAAAUUCCAGACGCAGGAUUCAAACUUAAUGCCUUUGUCAAUAAAUUGUUGGCCAACAGAAAGUGGAAAUGGUUGUGAUAUCAAUAUAGAAUAUGAACUGGAAGAUGAAGACCUUGAGUUGAAUGAUGUUAUCAUUUCAAUACCAACACCGUCUGGUGUCGGCAGUCCCGUCGUGAACGAAUGUGAUGGAGAGUAUCAAUACGAGAGUCGGAAAAACCUGCUUGAGUGGCGACACGCUGUGAUCGAUGGAUCAAACAAGACGGGAGCAAUGGAGUUCUCGAUGGGUGGACAUCCCGAUGAUUUCUACCCUAUCAAUGUCACUUUCUAUUCCAAGAAGUCAUACUGCGACAUGGAAAUUCAAGACGUGCUAAUGGUUGAUGAUAAAUCCCCAGUCCGGUAUUCAUCCGAGACCGUCUUCUACGUGGCAAAAUACGAAAUCUUAUAGGAUAUUUCUAUUUAUUACAUCGGGACUACAAAAUGUUUCAUUUCAUAGUUUUGGAAAUCAGACUGGAAUGAUAGUGAACAAGUCAUGGCACCUUCUCUUUACCAUUUGCAACAAGACAUAAACCUUCUUAAAAAUGGCUUGAAAUUCUGGUGAUUUCAAACAAUUUUUCAAUGUUGACGAGCAGUUGCUCUACUCUCCCAGUAAUGACGAGACAAAUUGAUACAAACUAUUUCCCUAUUUAUUUUAAAGAGGCCUUUUCCCAGCACUGGUUUGAGUGCUAGUCAAUUAUUUAUUCAGGGACUUCUCGCUCCAGCAACCAAUGAAAUUGGGAUGAUUACUGUUAGUAGAACUGGCCAUAUAACAUUGUCCUCCACUGUUGAUGGACAUGGGUGUUUUUUCAUCCUCCACAUGUCCUAGUGAAUGUUCUACGAUCUCGACAGAGAGAGAAGACUUCGCAGUUCUUUUGAUUGAUCAUGAGCUUUAGUUCAGGUUAAGGGUAACUCCUCACUUGUUUCCAAUGCACCUUUCAACAUAAGAGGCAGAGGACAAGUCACAUGUGAAUACCUCAACUCAAAAUCCUAAAUAUGGGUGUGUACAAUCAAUUGAAUACUUUGAUGUUUUGUCCAUUGAACUUGUUCCCUCUGCCUUGCUGGUUGACAUGGUGGUCUUUACACUGUUGGGCUGUACCUGCUAUUGUCUCCUCAUGUACAUGCUAUUUAUUCAGACUCCAAGAUUGUUCAGAGAGUCCUACAAAUGUUAAUUCCUGUGUGACAUUACUGUGAUGUAUGAUUCAUGCAACAAGAGGCAUAAACAAGUGGGGACAACAGAAUGCCAGGACUCGGGGUUCCUCCUGUGAACCUAGUCUACAUGUAAACGUUUAUCUUUAUUUCACUGUAAAUGUCAGUAACUAUACAAAAUUAAUAAGAUAUAUGUAUAUUGUAAAACCA